CGCAAUUUAAAGGGAAGCAGCGGGCGUAUCUGGUCUGAGCUGAAGAGAAAAAGCCAAGAGUAUGUAAGAGCCUUGUCCAUAAACAGAGGCACGGUCUCCCAGCGCGUCCGAGCAGCCUGCAGCAGUUCCCUGUGAAAAUGAAUGAGAUCAAACUGGCGGUGUUAGGAACUGAUGGAGUUGGGAAAUCCGCUCUCAUUGUUCGAUUUCUGACCAAGCGGUUUAUCGGCGAAUAUGCUUCCAAUUCCGAGUGCAUCUACAAAAAACGAUUAAGCAUAGAUGGAAGACAGAUGAAUUUAGAAAUAUUUGACCCUUGUUCCCAACAUUCUGCGAGUAAAUCCUCAUUGAUUGAUCAAGUAAACUGGGCUGAUGGGUUUGUUGUGGUGUAUGAUAUCGGUGACCGAUCCUCCUUUGUGUCUGCAAAAGCACUUAUUAGACGAAUCCGUGAAUUAAGUCGUGAAAUUUGCAAGCGGGAGGUUACAUCAGCGAUAUUUCUAGUUGGCAACAAACAAGACUUGUGCCACGUGAGAGAAGUGAGAAAGGAGGAAGGACUGCUCUUAGCUGGAGAAAAUAAAUGUCAAUUUUACGAGCUAUCAGCAGCUGAGCACCACCAGGAAGUGGCGAUGAUGUUUUCAAAGGCCAUCAGGAAUGUAAGCGGGAGCCGCCGGAGAAGACCGAGUGGUUCAAAGUCAAUGGCUAAGUUAAUUAAUAAUGUAUUUGGUAAAAGAAGGAAAUCUGUCUAGUGUGACAGAAAUGUUUUCAUACUGAUGUAUAGCCAUGUAUGCUCACUAAUAUCUGAUGUUUCAUUUUUUCUGAAUCACACUCUAUAUUAAAGUUAAUUGAUUCAGAUUGGCAGAGAAAGAAACCCAGAAAGCCACAAACAAUUGAUGCGUGUUACAUUACCAGUUGAAAAGCAUCCAACUUAAUGGCAGGUGGGGUAGUUCUGACAGAGUCUUGCUGCCACAAAUUGGUGAUUAAAGAAUCAUGCAUGUUGCAAAUGGGGCAUGCUGACUCUCUGCUGAAAAGCCUGGUGUUCACUCAUAUCAUGUAAAGCAUUUUGCUACAGAUGCUAAUUUAUAACCUGUCUUAAAACGUAAUACUCUGAUCCAUUGUCAGUGAGUCUGUAAUACAUAUUGGUACUUUAUAUCAUGUAAAUUAUAAGUGCAAUCAAAUAUGAAAAUGUAUUAUAUUUUGAUUACUAUUUAAGCGUACAUCGUUUUUUGGAAGACCGCCAAUUUAGCUUAAGCUUAAUACAUGCAAAGCAAAAACUCCUUUAUACUUACAACUCACAUUUUGUCAAGAUGAAAUUUCACUUUUCUGUCACACUUGAGCGAUAUUAGCAGUGUGUGUUGGGUACAUUGUGAAUGUACUAAUGUAAAAGUUAUGUCAUAACAGAUGUAAAUAUGUGAAAGUUUUGUAAAUCGCAAAUAGUACUAGGAUCAUAUUGUACAAGUAUAUGGAAAGGAAGCACUUUGCCAGUUCCACAGUGUAUUGGUUUAUAUUUCUUUUUAUAUUUCUAUUGUUUUCAGUGCCUGUAAUUAAACCUUUACACUACCAAUGUGUGCAAAUAGUUUUCUUUAAAUUCUACUGACUGAAUUUCUGAUUAAUUUGAAAUUGAUGGAUCAUUUAAAAAAUGUGCAUCCUAGCAUGGUAGAAAUAUCCACGUGACUUAAUGAUUUCCAACCAUUAAAAUUAAUGGAUGAAUAAUCAUGGCAAGAUGAAGACUGUGUUUAGCAAGUAUUCGCAGAAAGCAUAGGAAUGUUCCUUGUCUGGUAUUGUUUCUUUUCUUCUCUUACCCUUCUGCUUUGUUGCAUCUAUUCCUAUUUCUUACAUUCUCAUUCUUCUCCUUCUCCCAUGGCGUUGACUUGUUUGUGCCGUGUUUGCUUGUAAUAGAGAGGAUAUAUCUCCUCCCAAAAUGUUAAGUCAUUCUACACCCAUUCUACACUCUCUUUCACCUCUAUUAGCAACCCCUUUGUCUUUUGCAUUGGACUCCACAUCCCUGUCUCCACUCUUCCUCCUCUGUCAAAAACAUUUUCCGACACCUUUUAGCUUCGAAGUAGAGUCCUACUGGACUUGAAACAUUAACUCUAGUUCUGUCUCGACAGAUGCUGCCAGACCUGCUAGGUUUUUCUAACAUUCUCCUUGUUUAUUCUAUUCCUUUUCUUACUCCAUACCGCUAGAGGUAAGUGUGACUUGAACCUGUGCCUUCUGAUCCAGAGGCAUGGAUGCUUAUCACUGUGCCUCAGGAUAGGACCCAUGUGGCCUGUUACAGCUCUCUCCCACCCCCACCUUAUUCCAAACAAAUGUUGCUUGGGUGAGAAAUCAGUCUGAGUUUUCACAUAGCCUGUGUGAUUUUUCCCAAAGAGGAUGUGGGACCUGGAAUGCAGUUUGUAAUGUUCCAAUAGUAAUCUGGUCUGCCUUUGCUCAAUUGCAUAUAAUAAAAGCAAAAUACUGUGUAUGCUGGAAAACUGAAAUGUACACAGAAAAUUGUGCAGAAACUCAGCAGGUCUGGCAGCAUCUGUGGAGAGAGAAAUAGUGUUAACAUUUCAAGACCAAUGUUCUGAAGAAAAGCCACAUUGGACUUGAAGCACCAGCUCCAUUUCUUCAGAAAUGUUGCUGUAGUGAUUGGAAUGAGGUCAGCCAGGUGGAUAUCAAGGAAUGAGUUCCCUGAUUGGGGCUCCCUGGUCCAGUCUGGGAG